AUGCGUUUUUAUUAUCGAGUUUAUGCACAUCCAUCAAUAUUACACACAAUAAGGCAAGUCGAUUUAGUCCUGAUUCCAGAAAAUUUGAAAGUCAAAUCAGAUGACUUGCAAGUUGGCCAGAUUGAAUCCAAAAGACAUAAUAUUAUUCUACUUCUACUGCGAAUACUUUCUAAAACAAAUCUUGACAACGAUGGCUUAAUUGGAAUAACCUACUUCCAGUUUUCCAUUUUACGAAUCUAA